UGCAGAUGCUCACUAAAGUGAGCAUUUACUUACGGUUCUAGUGUUAAAUAGACAGCUCAGACUCGGAGCUCAUGUGCAUUGGAGUUUUGGCAUCUCAUCCGCCUCAACGUUCACACUCCAACUGAGUUACUUCCAUUCAGGUUCUUCUCCUUUAUUAUGUUGCAUUGCAGCAAUCUUACAGCGUAUAGAAGCGCCAAAAAUUCUACCUGUUUCGCCAGGGACUAAAGCCUGAUCUGCGGGGGUCUUUUGUGGCUACUUGGGGGGGUGGAGGCUGAAGAUUACAGUGGGGUCUUCAGGUCUCUGACAGAGCAUUGUGCUAUCAGAAGCAGUGGGUAGAAUCUGUCCGCUCAGGCUAGAAAGCAAUGUCACAAGCAUGGGACUCAGCAACGAGGCGCCUGGACUGCUCUGAUCGCUUUGACGACGGGCUUUCUGCAAGGAGAUUCCAUCCUCGAGACAAGAAAGCAGCCAAGCCAUCUGCGGUCGCAAGUACUCUAGCUCUAGGGUGCAACUCGUCUAAAAAACAUCAUGGUUGCGAACAUGCAAGAGGGUCGCCUCCAAACGUUCGUGAACCUGUACUGCAACCUCCUCGAGACCGGUCAGGUCGCCAAAGCGCUGAAGGAGCUCACCCCCGUCGUAACCAAAGCGGCAGAAAGCGCUCGCAGCUGCGGCGCGACGAUCUCGAAGCCGUCGAGAGAGUACAAACGGGUACGCGCGCGCUGGACCUCUUCUUUGACCGCGCGUUGGGGCUCACCAGGGAAGGGAACAAGACGGACUUGCUUCUGCUUUCGGGUAAUCUGCACAACCUGCGGCUUAUGUCGCUCUGCCCAGAGUUUGCCGCACUUUUAGCAAAAGCCGGGGUCCUCACAAAGCUGAGGCCGCUUCUGCUGCACACUGUCGAGUGGCUGAAAACGGACAGCAUCCUAGACCCCAGGAAAGAAGCGGAGCGAAUGGUCGCGGGGGAGGCGUUGCGAGUCGCCGCGACAGCUGUCAACGACGACGACGAAGACGCGCUGGCGGUCCAAGUCCGGCUGAAGCCCGAGGCGGCGAACGACCUCUCCGUGAUCCUCCUGGCGGCCGCGGACUUCGCGUGCAUCUCCUUUGCGGCGGAACGGAAGGAGAAAGUCACGGCGAUCGGGUGGUGUUUCGACAAUGACGUCUUUGGCUGGAUACAGGGCAUGGUCCGAUGGGCUGCCACAGCUGCGGACGGCAACGCUAAAGCACGGGCCCCGCUUGACGCGUUCGUGGGGCACGAAUUUUCGCUGCUAGGAUCGUUCCUGGGUACCGCUUCGCUGGCGAACCGGCUGCUCGACAAGCUGGCGCCCGCGCGCGCUCUCGCGGAGAGGCUGGUCGCCGACGUGAGCCGUGACGUCAGCGAGGCUGGGGCGUUCCUCACGUGCGUGGCGCAAGCAGAGGCGCUCCGCCGGGCUGCGGCGGUGCCGCGGUGGCCCGUCAACGCGCGCCUCCGGAUCCACUCACUAGGCGGUGGGGAGGCUUCUGAAGCGGAGGAGGGAGCGAAUGGGCGCAUGCCAGCUCAGCAGCUGGUCGACACGAGGGAUCCCUCGGGGAUCAUCGGAGUAAACGGUGACAUCAUGGGCAUCGGUCAGAAAGACAAGCAGAGCGCGGCGGAGUUGGACUGGUCCCGUAUCGUGCGGGAACUAGAGUCGGGAGACGAAGACGUAAUGCGCGAGUUGCUGCCCAGGUUGACCGGCUUCUUCGUCGCGUUGCCGUCGCGGGGGGCCCAUUUAACCUCGUCAGAGGUUACCCCGAGGGCAUGGGCCGAGAGCUUGUUAGCACUGCUGGAGGGCGGGAAGUGCUCGGGGCUUUGGCAGGAGCCCGGGGCGCUGGGCAGCUUUCUGCUUGUUCUCCACAUGGCGUUCCGUCAGCCGGUGACGUGGGCACCCCGGAGCGGAACAGCGGAGCAGGAACGGUGGGCGGUCGACAUGGGGUCUCGGUUGAUGGCGUGGGUGUACCCCAGAGUCGACCGCUUGUCGUUUGCGGUGACCGACGGCCUUUACCUCGAGUUCGGGUUCGCCCUGUUCCGAGUGCUGGAAACCCUCGCGGCUUCCGCGCCGUUCGAAGUGAACAAGCUGCUCUGGUCCGCCGCUGACGAGUACAUGACGGCGAUGCUGACGUCACCCACGCAGGAGCCUCGCGGGCCCGAGGCGCCUCGGUUGAUGUCGUCCCUGGAGGUCGCCGUGCUAGACCGGGGAAUCUUGGAGUGGGCAGUACGAGAGCGGCGACCCAGAUGGCGCCAGAAGCGGACGCCCAAGCACGAGGCGCUGCUCGCCAGAAUCUUCCAGGUGGCAGGACGUCACGAGCCGGGACGACAGAGAUUCGGCACGUGCGAGGAUGGCGUGGCGAUUCUGCUCGGCGAGGCUCAUUUCGCCGCCACAGGAGCGGUGACACUACACUCAGCCAAGUUGCACCGGGCCGCCACCGUAUCUACGAGGGAUCCCCCCGUUUGCAACCGGGACGUCGCCUCUUGCCUGGAGCGCUUGACCCGGCUGCUGGCGACGCUCGGAGAUCUGACGGGUUACACGUCAGCAGAGCGCGCGCACGCUCGCUGGCGCGAGCUGUGCGCCGCGGACGGCCUCGUCCUGCUGAAGAAGGUGCUCGGGCAGCGACGCUGUUCCGGUCGCUUGGGGCGGAAUACCUGGGGCCGGACGGAAGCGGGGCCUUGGGGGAGGCGCUGGACUGCGCGGAGCGCCUGUGGAUGAAAGCGGCAGCCGACGGGGGACUCAAAAAGUGCGGCAGUCCGAUGAGCGACUCGUGCCCUGCAAGUCAAACGUCGCUUCUCGCAAGUCAUUCAGAAGGCUCGAGAUCGACACGCCGAGCAAUGUACCGCAGUAGAAAUCGUAAAAGGGGAAUACAAGCGCUGUGGGCAGUGCAAAGGCGUAAGUUAUUGCGGCGAACGGUGUCAAGCCGCCCACUGGCGUCAAGGGCAUAAAGCGGUCUGUCAACUAAGCAGGAUGACGAUGUAGAGAAACACAUCAAAUGAUCUAGAGAGUCAAGGAUUCAGUCCAGAAACCAGCA